AUGAAUAUGACGGCGACUUUAGUGUUAGGAAAGGGCCAUCUCACGCCCAAGCAAGUCUCAUUUAUCUUCUGUCAACCUGAUCAAAGGCGAAGUGUUCACUCUGGUGGAGGACCGAGGAGGAUGUUUUUUUCUCUCAGAUGUCGGCUAGGCUUUGCCCGAGGGAGGACUAAAGAUGAGGGACCAUACGCAAAAGGAAGCAAGCAGUCCGGGGCAUCUGACCAAUCACAUUUCUCCCAGAGGCGCAGCCUUUCAGAGGAGUACCGGGGAGUGACCACAGUGGACCUAAUGAAAAGGGAAGGCAGCAACCUCGGCCUGACCAUCUCCGGAGGCUCCGAUAAAGAUGGCAAGCCCAGAGUUUCAAACCUACGGCCAGGUGGGCUGGCUGCCAGGAGUGACCAGCUGAAUGUAGGAGAUCACAUAAAGUCAGUAAAUGGAAUCAACUUGUCCAAACUUCGACAUGAUGAGAUCAUCAGCCUGCUGAAGAACAUCGGGGAGCGGGUUGUCCUAGAGGUGGAAUACGAGCUUCCUCCAUUACUCCAGACUCCAUCAGGAGUCAUAAGCAAGACCACAGAGGUCUGUUUGCUCAAAGAGGGCAACAGUUUUGGCUUUGUCAUGAGAGGAGGCUUUCAUGAAGACUGGCGCAGGUCUCGUCCUCUGGUGGUGACCCACGUCAGGCCUGGGGGUCCUGCUGACAGGGAGGGCACAGUGAAGGCUGGCGACAGAGUAUUGAGCAUAGACGGCAUGCCUUUAAACAGGGAGAAGCAUGCUGAUGCGUUGACCAUGCUGAUGCAGAGCAGCCAGGAAGCUUUGUUGCUGAUCGAGUAUGACAUCUCUGUCAUGGAGGCAGUGCAACAAGCUUCAGGUCCACUGCUAGUGGAGAUAGUCAAAGGGGCUUCCUCCAGUCUGGGAAUCAGCCUCACCACAUCCAUUUACAGGAACAAGCAAGUCAUCAUUAUUGACAAGAUAAAGGUGGCGAGCGUUGCCGAAAGGUGUGGAGCAUUGCACGCAGGUGACGUCUUGCUGACUAUUGAUGGAACAAGCACAGAACACUGCUCUCUUAUGGAAGCUUUGCAGCUUCUAGGCAACACCCCUGAUGUUGUCAAACUGGAAAUUAUACCAUGUAAUCAGAGCAGACUGCCUGUACGGCCACAAGACACAGUAAAGGUGCAGAAGAGCAGCCAUCAUCACUGGGACCAAAGCAGCAACUUCUGCCUCCCCCCACAUGCCAGCCACAGCAAGACAUGGAGCAGCCCAAGCCACCCACACAACCAGCAAGACCUCUGCAAAACUCUGGUGAGUGGUGGCUUCUCCCCUUCUUCCACAGCCACCUCAGGCUUCAGCAGCCAGGGAAGCAGCAUGCUGCCAUGCCCGAUGGUGUCCACUGCACCAACCAGCCCUCGGACCUCAACCGGCAAGAGGAGGAACAGGAAGAAGGACCACAAAAGCUCAUUGUCUCUGGCUUCAAGUUCUGUGGGCCCAGGGGGGCAGGUUUUUCACGUGGAAGUGAGUGAGGUCAUCCUGAGGGGGGAUCCGCUAACAGGUUUUGGGAUCCAGCUGCAGGGGGGUGUCUUUGCCACAGAAACUCUUUCUGCUCCUCCCACCAUCCGCUUCAUUGAACCAGACAGCCCAGCUGAGAGGUGUGGCCUGAUACAGGUUGGAGAUAGACUCUUGUCUAUCAAUGGCAUUCCGACUGAAGAUGGCACUUUGGAGGAGGCCCAUCAGCUGCUUAGAGACUCAGCUCUGGCCAACAAAGUCACGGUGGAAGUUGAGUUUGAUGUUGCAGAGUCUGUGGUUCCUAGCAGCGGUACCUUCCACGUGAAGUUGCCAAAGCGAAGAGGAAUGGAGAUGGGGAUUACAAUUAGUGCAAGUAAGAAGCCUGGCAAGCCACUUAUCAUCUCUGACAUCAGAAAAGGAAGCAUAGCACACAGGACGGGCACUCUGGAGCCUGGAGACAGGCUGCUGGCUAUAGACAGUGUGCGUCUUGAGGAGUGCAGCAUUGAGGACGCCAUGCAUGUCCUGGGUCAAGCCGAGGACAUGGUCAAGCUCCGAAUACAGAAAGACGAGGACAACAUUGAUGAGCUGGAGAUGUCUGGCUCGAUCAUCUACACUGUGGAGCUCAAGAGAUAUAACGGACCUCUGGGAAUCACUAUUUCAGGCACCGAAGAGCCUUUUGACCCAAUCGUCAUUUCGGGUCUAACCAAGAAAGGCCUAGCAGAGAGGACCGGAGCCAUUCACAUAGGAGACCGCGUGUUGGCUAUCAAUGGGAUCAGUCUGAAAGGCAAAACGCUGAGUGAGGCCAUCCACCACCUGCAGAUGGCAGGGGAGUCGGUCACCCUCAAGAUUAAGAAACAAGCAGACCAAUAUGAUGGGAGGCGAGUCCUGGACAGAGAAAUUGGAUUUUUGAGUGACCUUGAGGAUGAACUGAUGGACUCUCAGAGAAUGGGUAAACUUUCAGAGAUGUACUCAGCCACCGUGCCCAGUAUCGACUCCGCAAUGAGCUCCUGGGACGGCUCGGGAUGCGACGCCGGCUUCAGUAGCCAAGGAACUUAUCUCCACAAAGAUUCAUUACUCAAUCCCAAUGAAUGGAGGAGAACCAAGUACAGGAGCCCAGUCGGGUCCAGCUCUGCAGGACUGCUACAUCACACAGGGCUCUACAACGAGCGACUUACAGAGGAUGACUGGGAAAAGAUGCCCGGAUUCAUCAGCCCCCCUCAUUGCCAUGGCACCCUGAAUCAGGAUAGCUUCUGGUCUCAGGCUAUUCAGGACCUGGAGACUUGUGGCCAGUCUGAGAUCCUCAGGGAGUUAGAGGCAUCUAUGACAGGUAGCGCUUUUAGUCUAUACCUAGAGGAGACCAAGACAGAUGAAGACUCCAUGUUUCUGUCAGAAAUAAGUCCUAUUAAACAAGAGGAAACGAAUGUGGCACCAAAGAACAGGAACAAGCUCAACAUGUUGACCGGAUGUGGCAGGGGCUCAAAUAGUUUGUCUUCUAUGACCCUGGCCCUUCACAAGGUGACGAUCAGAAAGGACCCUGAGAGCCGUGACUUUGGAUUCAGUGUAUCUGAUGGGCUUGUGGAAAAAGGUGUAUUUGUCAACAUGAUCCGCCCUAAAGGCCCAGCUGACCAAGCGGGCCUGAAGCCUUAUGAUCGUAUACUUCAGGUGAACCGUGUGCGGACCAGAGACUUGGACUGCUGUCUCACUGUGCCACUAAUUACAGAAGCGGGAGCCAGCCUGGAUCUGGUCAUUAGCAGGAAUCCAGUGGAAACUGGUAACACCAGGGGUCUGCCCGGCGACCGUAACGACCCUUCCGUCUCACUGCUCUGCUUUUCCGAGCAGCGCACCAACAGUAUUGCCCUGUGA